AUGUCGCUACAUUCUGCAAGUGGUGGCAAGGAUUCCAACCUACCGCUACCCCAUUGGGUUAUCACGAUAUCAUUCUAUUCCUCCUUAACAUCAGCAUUCAUUAUAUCAAUAAGUAUCUUACUUCACUUGCUAAACUACCGCAAACCGUUUCAACAACGACUCAUGAUUCGAAUACAAUUGAUAGUUCCAUUAUUUGCCCUAAGUUGUUACUCAAUGUUGAUUAAUCAAACAUCAAUAUUCAAUCGAUUUGUUCUCGAGCCUAUACGCGAAAUCUAUGAAGCUUUUGUCAUUUAUACGUUUUUCUCCUUAUUGACUGACAUGUUGGGCGGCGAACGCAAUAUAAUCAUCGUGACUAGUGGUCGAAAACCAGUACCUCAUCCGGGCAUAAUGAAGUACAUAAUGCCAUCAUUGGAUAUAUCUGACCCAAAAACUUUCCUACUGAUAAAGCGGGGGAUCUUGCAAUACGUAUGGUUGAAGCCUUGUAUUUGUUUUGGUACAUUGUUUUUUGAAUUGAUGGGAUGGUAUAAUGUCAAUGAUAUGAGCUACAAGUCGAUUUAUUUGUGGAUGACGGUGCUCUAUAAUGCCAGUGUCACGUUGUCAUUGUAUAGCUUGGCUAUAUUUUGGAAGAUUUUGUGGGAUGAUUUAAAACCGUUUAAACCAGUGGGCAAGUUUCUUUGUGUCAAGUUGAUCAUUUUUGCAUCUUAUUGGCAAGGGGUUAUAUUAGCAAUCCUUAAUUUCUUUGAAGUGCUACCUGGAAGUGGUGGGAACGAUAGUAGUGGUGGUGGCGAUGGUGGCAGCGGCGAAAGUAUUGGGCUAUGUAUACAAAAUGCAUUGCUAUGUGUUGAAUUGAUUGCAUUUGCCAUUGGCCACUGGUACUCAUUCUCGUAUUAUCCAUUCACAAUAUCACAAUUACCAUGGGGCAGAUACAAGUUUUACUACGCUUUAAAAGACUGGUUAGGUUUCAAAGAUUUAAUGAUUGAUUUCCAAAAGACAUUUAAAGGUGACCAUUACAAGGAUUACCGACAAUUUGAUUCAGUUGAAGCGGUAGUAGCCCAUCCUGAAUCAAAGGGAAGAAUGAGUCGCAUACAUCAGGGCUUACGAUAUCAUUAUGAUGGCAAACAUAAGCACUGGCUACCAGAUAACCUGAGCUUGAAUAAUAGCAACACCAACAGUUUAAAUGGGGCAAAUGUCCCUAGUACUUCGGAAAUACAUGCUUUAGAUAAUGCAUCAAUGUUGUCGAAUAAUACGUCAAUGAGGGCAAUAUACCCCCAAUCACCGAAAACAUCACCACCAGGAUCACCGGCAAUGGGUGGGGGCGGAAGCGACCAUGAUGAUAAUAGCAGUAUAGAAGGAACAGCCACAGCCACAUCCGCUACAGCUACUACAGCGAUGAUAAUACUGGAUAUUAUCAACUCCGACUCUAUACUAUCCACAAUUGACUACACCGUUGAACAACUUGAUCAAGAUGAGGCGAUAUAUCAAGAAGCAAUUGAAGAAAUCGGCAACUAUGCCUUGGAAGAUGACGAUGUGAAGCAGAUUUUGAAUUAUCCUAUAGUUGAUGGCGUGUUGGACAGCCAUGUGUAUGGAUACAAGGUGCAAAAGUUGCGACAACGACAGGAUAUGCGCAAGCUGAAGCAACGCAAAGAGUCUAUCUUGCAACUGAAUCAAAGUUAUCGGUAUGGAAGCAUCGUGUGA